CACCGACUAGAAGCUCUCAUCCAGGGGAUGAGCUCCCACUCCCAUACUCGAACUCCAUCCGCAACUUCGCGGGAACAGUCCGUCCAAUUAUCCGACACUUCCACAUUCCAAACGGCUCCUAAUCCUAAUACUUCCCCCAUCCUAAAUAGUUCUAUUGUUUCCAAACGUCUCAUGUUACAACGGCCCGAUCAGUUCUGGGCCGACUUGGUGGAUGAAAUUCACGGACUCCGCGAUGUGGUCGAAUCAUCACUGGCCGGAGGACAAGAAGGCCCCAUCCCUUCCUCCGACUCAGCCAAGACCGAGCCACCCAAUGAUGACGGAAUCCAGGUUCUUGGCCUCGGGGCUAGCAAUCCUUCUGCAGCCCUACGCUCCAUGAGUCCGCUGCAUAAUCCGAUGGUCGCUCGUCAGCUCUGUGAAGUGUACCUCCAACAAGUCGACCCGGUGAUCAAGAUCCUCCAUCGCCCGUCGCUGAACCGAUGGAUGGUUCAGGGUGAAACCUAUCUGGCGUACGCCGAUGGUCACCCCUCGGUAGAAGCACUGGGUUCCGCCGUCUGCUACUCGGCUAUUAGCAGCAUGACGGAAAACCAGUGCUCAGUAAUGUUUCAUGCCAGCAAGGCAGAUUUGUUGGCUGAGUCUCGUGUGGCCUGUGAGACGGCUAUUGGCCGUGCGGGUUUGCUCACCAGCCGCGAUAUUACCGUUCUGCAAGCGUUCAUUUUGUAUCUGGUAGCUAGGAGAUCGGAAGAUCGCACCCCAGCUGUUUGGACUCUGAUCGCUCUGGCUGUACGAAUCGGAAAAGGCCUCGGUCUUUAUUUAGAUCCUGAGACAGAGACCUUUUUUGAUCAGCAGAUGCGGAGGCGUCUGUGGUUUACCAUUUGCCUGAUGGAUUUGCAGGCCUCAUUCGGUCAGGCAUCCGAGCCACUUAUCAGCGUCGACGAGUCGGCAUCCACAGCUCUUCCUCACCACAUCAAUGACUCGGACUUUGAUCCGACCACGGCUGCACCUUGUGACCCCAACCGGGAGGGUCUGACAGACACGACCUUUGCGCUGGUUACCUACCAUGCACAGCGGACGGGUCGUCUUCUCAACUUUGCUCAACACGAUCGCAAGGUCGACGGGGGCAUUUCAACUCCCGCAUCCUCUACCUCCGGCACUUCAACAUCCCGCACCCGCACAUGCGACCCCAAUUGGCCGCAGCAGCAAGCCCGGCACUUCGAACAAGAAGCACUGCGACUUCUCCAUUUCUGUGACCCCGGCACCUCUGCGUACGCGUGGUUCACCUGGCACGGCACGCAGAGUUUAAUCGCGACGGUACGACUGGCAGCCGCGCGACCGCUUCAGUGGCACGGACGAGCACCGCCGCCUCGCCGCGAGGGAAACACCGAACUGCUGCGUCUCUGUCUUCCCGUGCUGGAGAAAGCGCAGCUCAUGCACACGGAUCCCCGCGCCGAAGGCUUCCGCUGGUACGUGACAAUUCCCUGGUACGCGCUGGCGAUGGCUUUGGCGGAGUGCUAUGUGAGCAGCGACACUGCCCUGGUGCGGUACGCCUGGCCGCUGCUCGAGUCGUCGUACGUGCAGCAUGAGGCGACGCUGGGACGGUCUCUCGGCGGCCCGUUCGGGCAACUCAUGCGGCGUAUGAGAGAGAAACUGGCGGCACCAGCCGUACUCCCACCGAGCAGUCUCCCUAGCACCAACUGGAGCCCAGCCACUCCGCCAACCUUCCCGGGCGUGCCUCGGCCGCAGAGCAGUAAUGAUGAUCGACAUGUGUCCGGUUGCUCUUGGCCGGUACCCACCGGAUCCACCCCGCCCGCGGAUCUGGGGAUGCCGUCCCUUCUUCCGGUAUCUACCUGGGAGGCGCUCUCGCCGCCGUCGUUGGACAACGCUUCUCUCUUCGGGGUACCUCCAACGACGACGGCGGUAGCGGACGGGAUGGAUCCGGGGGCGGAUAUGAUGUGGGAGGAGCUGUUCUCGGGGAUUCCGUUCAAUGAGAUCGCGGGGCCGGAUAUGUUCUUUUUCGAUAUGAACUGGGGGAGUUAAUAGUGGCUGGUGGCUUAUUUAGUGCUGUAUUGCUAGUAACGAUGAUAUGAUUGUGAUCGAAGCGAGAAUCUAAAUCUAGACACACUUGGCGAUUCCUUUCGGACAAGACAUGUACCUGUUUAGUAGUUGUGGGUGGAGGGGUUAA